AUGGCUCUUAAGCGCAUUAACAAGGAGCUCACUGAUCUCGGCCGAGAUCCACCCUCUUCUUGCUCUGCCGGCCCUGUCGGCGAGGAUUUGUUCCACUGGCAAGCUACUAUUAUGGGACCUAGUGACUCUCCAUACUCCGGCGGUGUCUUCUUCCUGGCCAUUCACUUCCCUACCGACUACCCUUUCAAGCCUCCCAAGGUCAACUUCACUACCCGCAUCUACCACCCCAACAUCAACUCCAAUGGUAGCAUCUGCCUGGAUAUUCUGCGUGACCAGUGGAGUCCUGCGUUGACCAUCUCUAAAGUCCUUCUGUCCAUCUGCUCGAUGUUGACAGACCCCAACCCUGACGAUCCUCUUGUGCCCGAGAUUGCCCAUGUCUACAAGACUGACCGACCCCGAUACGAGGCCACAGCUCGGGAGUGGACUCGAAAGUAUGCAAUCUAG